AUGAAUUUUGGACAAUAUAUAGACCCUUUAGAUUCUAUUUCUCAGAGGAAGGAUUUUUAUGGUAAGGGUACAGAUUAUAAGAGGUUUUCAGAAACAGAAAAAAGAUAUGCUUUUUCCAGUCAAAUUACGGAUUUAAUUGUAAAGCUUGUAAAUAUAAUUGAAGAAGCUGAAAGAUCAUCUCCAGUACGUGCUUUUGAUAUGCAAAAAAGCAUUUCUACAGCACUAAAAGAUAUGCAGAAACAACUUGAUCUUAUUUCCAAGUAUGAUUGGGACUUUGACAACUACCUAGAAGAAGACGUCCUUGCUGCGAUGGAAUACAUAAAGGAUAAGAGUGAACCAAAUGAUGGCAAGUUACUUGCAAUUGGUCAUUCUAUGGGCGGUAUCUUGCUAUAUGCGAUGCUAUCACGAUGUGGAAAGGAUUCUGGAUUGGCAGCAGUCACUACGUUGGCAUCAUCAUUGGACUAUAUGUCUUCUAGAUCGUCACUCAAACUGCUUUUACCCCUGGCAGACCCUGCACAGGUCCUAAAUGUUCCUGUUAUUCCAAUUGGAACAUUGCUUGCUGCUGCCCAUCCUUUUGCAGCUAACCUUCCCUACCUCCUGUCUUGGUUGAGUCCUCAAAUUUCUGCCCCGGACAUGUUGCAGCCAAAGUUGUUUGAAAAGCUUGUUACGGAAAACUUCGGUAAGAAAAUAUGCUUCACCUUUGGCUUCCAGGAUAAUGCACAAAUGCUAAAUGUAGACUCUGGCAUUGAUGCUUUUAACUGUCAUAUUGCUCACUAUGAUAUAGUGGGUGCCCAACGGGCCGUAGAUCUAGUGUAUCCUUGUAAAAUAGAAUUUCUCAAUCAUCAUGAUGCAGCUUGA